UGUCCAUAGUUUGCUCUCUGGAAAUUCUAAGAUUGUAACAACAAAAAUAAUGGCCUCGGAAUUAAAUGUUGGCAAAUGGAAGAACGUAGCUCUCCUUGUCAUAGACAUGCAGAAAGACUUCAUAUUUGGCCCUAUGCAAGUAAAAGGAGGUCAAGCUAUCGUCCCUAACGUUAUCAAAGCUGUUGAGGUUGCAAGAAACUGUGGCAUUCACAUCGUUUGGGUUGUACGUGAGAAUGAUCCAUUAGGGAGAGAUGUUGAAUUAUUUCGUCGACACUUUAAACCAAAGCUGGCAUCAAAGGGUAGUGUUGGGGCUGAACUAGUUGAUGGGCUCGUUAUGGACGUAGAAGAGGAUUACAAGCUGGUCAAAACACGUUUCAGCGCAUUUCUUAACACUCACCUUCACUCAUAUCUUCAGACCAAUGGCAUUACUGAUUUGGUCUUCACUGGUGUCCAAACACCAAAUUGCAUACGGCAAACUGUAUUUGAUGCAGUAUCAUUGGACUAUAAACAAGUGACAGUUAUUACUGACGCCACAGCUGCUGCUACACCUGAUAUACACAUUGCAAACAUACUUGACAUGAAAAAUAUUGGAGUAGCAACCCCUACAUUGGAAGAAUGGUGCCAAUCUACAUAGCAAUUGAUCAGUUAAAUUCAGUAAUUAUCCUUAAUGCAUAUAUAUUAUAACUUUUUCUUUUAUCUGAUUGUAUUUGAUAUUUUAUGCAACGUUUUCAAUCCAGUUAUGUAUUCCGAUUAUACUGUCAGUGUCAGUGUAUAUAAGUUAAAUCUAUAUAUAUCUCCUAAUUCUUAGGGAUGGAAAUCAUUUUUUGAA